AUGUCAACGCGAUCGGAAGCUAAUCAGCAUCUCCCAUGCCUGCCAUGCUUGAUCGUGGACAACUAUGACAGCUACACCCAUAAUCUCUUUCAGCUGUGCUGGACAGUCUCGGGGGUUCAGCCGAUCGUCAUCAAGAAUGACGACUACGAGGCGUUUCAGACGCUGUCAGCGAGCAAGUCCUUCUCCUCCAUCAUCCUCUCUCCUGGUCCUGGUCGGCCAGACAAGCAGGAGGACUUCGGUCUUUGCAUGAACGUGCUCAAGGAUCCCCCAGUCCCGGUCCUUGGCGUCUGCCUUGGGUUCCAGGGGCUCGGGCAUGCGUACGGGAUGCAGGUCAACCGAGCUCCGGGAGGAGCGGUGCAUGGGCGGACGAGCAAGAUAUUCCACAACAACUCUCUCCUCUUCCGCGACAUCCCGCAGGGCAGCUCGGUGGUGCGGUACCACUCCCUUGCGCUGUGCAGGGCAGACGGGAGCAAAGAACCAUUCCCGGUCGACCUCGAGGAGGUGGCAUGGACGGCAGACGGGAUUAUCAUGGGUAUUCGGCACAGGAAGCUUCCGCUGUGGGGAGUGCAGUUCCACCCGGAGUCCAUCUGCUCGGAGUGUGGGGAGAAACUACUGAAGAACUUCCUGGAG